ACUGUUUUACUUGUUUUAUAUCUAUUCUGUGUCUCAAAUUAAUAUCGUUUAAUGUUUAGUGUACAGCAUAGUUAAUCAAUUUGAACGAGAAUGCUGUUGUGAUAUGGAACAAAACGCAGAAUUGUAGGAAUUUUUCUGCGCACUACAAAGCGUUCCGUCGUAGCUGGAGUAUCUGUAGCAAGAGUGUAAGUAGAAGAGAGACAAAACACAAGAGGCCCUCUGAUCAGUCAUCCGUGUCGAACGUGAGAUAUCAAACGGAUAAACGGAAAAGAGUCAACAGUGGUGUACCGAAAACAGAUCGCACAAAAGAAGUCACCACAGUAGGCCAAUAACAAUAGGUUUACCGCAGCGACACAAGACUAGCAAUAAUCAAUAGCAAUAUGGCCACUUUUCGAAUCCAUGAGGACUUGGAAAAAGAAAACCGUGUUUUGGCAACAAAACCCGGUGGUGCGGCGGCCAAACAACCCCAGGUUCAACGGUCCACUUUUGGCGUGUUGAAUAAUGUAGUCGGCAACAAAAAAACGGAUGGCCUAGUGCCAGGAGAAAAAGCGACCCUGAAGGAUGUAAAAAAUAAAAUAAAACCACUAAACAACACGAAAGCUAAGCCGGAUGAAAAUGGCAGUCUACCGAUGAAUCAGGCUAAAGCCGUAUUCAAACCCGUAGAUCCGCUCAAAACAUUUCAAGUGUAUGCUGAUUCGAAGGAAAACGUUACCAAGGACGGUGCAGCCGCUAAAAAGGACGAUUCCCUUGUCGAUGCUAAACGCGAGCCACUGCAAGAAUUGAAAAAUGAUGACCUGCUUGAAACGCCGAUGUCUAUGGGCGAAAGUUUUUCCCCAAUGUCGGUAGACAAAUCGAUAACUCUGUUAGAAGCGGACAUUUCCUUGCCUCCCCGUAAUGAUCGGGACCGUUUCUUCGAAGUGGAAGAAUAUCAGUCGGAUAUUUUGUCAUAUUUAAGGGAAGCGGAGAAACAGCACCGUCCAAAGCCGGCCUAUAUGAAAAAACAACCGGACAUCAACCAUUCGAUGCGUACUAUUCUUGUAAAUUGGCUGGUUGAGGUCAGUGAAGAGUACCGUCUACAAAGCGAGACGCUUUGCUUGGCCAUCUCGUAUAUUGAUCGGUUUCUCAGCUACAUGUCUGUAGUGCGCGGUAAACUACAGCUGGUUGGCACAGCUGCCAUGUUCAUUGCUGCGAAAUAUGAGGAAAUCUACCCGCCAGAUGUUGGCGAAUUUGUGUACAUUACCGAUGACACUUACACCAAAACACAAGUGCUACGCAUGGAGCAGCUUAUCCUCAAAGUGCUCGGUUUUGACCUUUCCGUACCAACUACGUUGGUAUUUACCACCGUCUACUGCGUAAUGAACGACGUACCAGACAAGGUGAAAUACAUGUGCAUGUAUCUCUGUGAGCUAUCGCUUUUGGAUGCUGAUCCAUACCUUACGUACCUGCCGUCCCAAAUCGCGGCUGGCGCAUUGGCUCUCUCCCGUUACGCACUUGAUCUACCCAUCUGGUCUCGCAUGCUCGAAACCAACAUUAGCUACCGGCUAGAAGAUCUAAAAGACAUAAUUCUCGAUCUGAACAAGACACACAUGAAGGCUGAUACCCUGGGGGAACAGGCGAUCCAAGAAAAAUUCAAGGCCAAUAAAUACAUGCAGGUCGCAACUAUUCCCGCUGCCGAACUGUCGGAAGAGACGUUUGAUAAGAUGUGCAAAUCCUUGGCAGCAAUAGCAUCCGCAGCAGCGGAAACAGAAGCUGCAGUUGCAGCUGAGGCCCCUCUCAAUCAAAAUGAUUCCGUGCGGGAAAUGAUGUCCUCAUUGUUGUUCGUCUGAUAAUGUACUUGCUACUUGAAUUACGUUUCUGUAUCUCCAAGUUUUUCUGUUGUAAGCACGAUCCGCAGCAAAAGGCUCCUUUUGUGUUUUUUAUAGGUUUAUUGUUUUUUUUUUAGCAGCAUUAAUUUAUGUAACUAUGCUUAUUUGUAGACUGUUUUCUCGACUUUCAUAUUUCUUUUGUUUCCGAUUGUAUUUUCUUUAUAAUUUGGAUAUGCGCAGUCGAAAGAAAUACUAAUUUGACGACGUAAUAUUUAUGAUAAAGCCCCCAUUCCAUUGCGAUUGAAGCAACUGCUGACCCCUCACGGUGAUCUAAAAGUAUUGGAAGGCACAUACUGUGGAUGUAAACUCCGACUAUUUCAUUCGAGAUAUAUGAACAAAGAUAUAUUGUACUUCUUAUUGUUUAUUUUGGUCAAUGCUAAUUCGGACAACAGUGAAGAUAAUUUAAGUAAAUGUAAGUAUACAGUUUUGUUAAAUUUAAGCGUGACUAUACACAAAACACAACCCCAGCACAGAAUAUAAGUUUAUCAACUCUUAGCUUAGACAGGAGAAAGUAGAUCAUUUAUAGUUGACCAAGGAAUCCAAUAGACAGCGCGCAUGAUUUCUGAAACCUGAAAUGUGAACAUACCCAAAUCAGUCGGCGAACUUUUUAUAAAAAUAACGAUUUCUCUUCACGAAUUAAAUUCGUAAAGUUGAUUUUGGGAGAAACAUUACAACAAUUUUUGACGUCAUUUAUAUUCGCAAUAAUAAAUCGUUAUCCAGCAUUUGAGUUUUUUCACUGGUUGCGAAAUGUGAGGCAGUAAAAAUUAACAAAAGUUUCCUUCCAUCGGAGCAUUUUUACGCUCAUGUUGUUUUCCGAAUGGCAACCUGAUAAGAAUAAUUUUCCUUUUAAGAUAUUUAAAUGGCUAAAAUUUGUUCGGAUUCUCUAACUCGUCAAAGAAACUUUUUACUCAUUCUUAUACCAUUUAGAUAUGCGUUAAAAAACCUAAACUAAGUAAUUUCACUUCAGUUGAUGGAAAAUACUAAUAUUUAUUUAAUAAGGUCGUAGCUGGGGUUUUCGCACUAUCUACCAACCACUUCGAUUUCAUCGCAGACAAUCAAAAUUGCGAGAUUAAAAUAAAGUAAUUUAAUUUUCUACUGUACGUAUCAUCGAACAUUGCGUUAGAAAGCUAAAAAGAAAAUCAAUUUUAGUGUAAAAAAUAAGUAUACAAGUACGCUUAAGCAACUUUACGUGGCCACAACCGAGUGAGUUCGUGAAGACUUUUUACCUUCGAAUGAAAAUAACCUGAACAAAUUAGAUGUAGGACGCAGAGAAUCGGCAUGGAAACUAGCGCAAUUUAGGGUUUUAACCAGCAAGUGUCAAU